GUUAGGUGAAAGAUUUUUAUGUAUUUUAAGGAUAACGUGGUAAAAUUAAAAAAAAACUUUAUGCUAGUAGCAAUUGCAAGUUCCGUAGUUUAAUAUUGCUAAUUAUUAACAAAGUUACAUAAGAUGGAAGGUAUUGAUGAUAUAGAGCACAUAGCUUCGGACCAUGAUCAACUAAUUAGUGUGAUUUCCAAAUUAGAUAAAACUCAGCAUAUAAUAGAGCCCACACGCAACGAGCCCACAAACAUCAAUUCAGAAUUUAAUUUGAUAAAAAAAUCGAAUAAGUCAAUUUUGAAAAAUGUUUCUAACAUUUUGAGUGAUACUGCUUCACAUGUAGAGAUUACGAAAAAAUUGCUGAAAAGCCAGGAAGAGUCCAAGGUCUUAAGUAAACCAUUAGAAAAACCACAGGUUGAGCGUAUAAAGCGAGCGACAGGAUAUUUAGAAACAAAAAAGAAAGUUGGUCGGUGGGACCCCAUUGUUGCUCGCAGUCGAACAGUGGACCAGGUUUUCUUUCCUUUGAAAAAAGCAGAAAAUAGAUUGCAGCCAACGCAAGCCUUCAUUUCAAAAUUAAAAACUAAAUCUGAACUAGAACGCGAAUUGGAGGCAGUAGAUCCACCAGAUAUUGUUCAGGAAGACGAUGAGGAAGAACAGGUGUACCCAAUGUCGUAUGAAGAAAUGGUUGAACACAGGCAACAUUUGGCAAAAAUACGAGCUCAAGAAUCAUAUAGAGCUGCAAAAGCUAAACGCCAAAGUAAAAUCAAGAGCAAGAAAUAUCAUAGAAUUUUGAAGAAAGACAGGCUAAAACAACAGUUAAAAGAGUUUGAAGAAUUACAAAAAAGUAAUCCAGAGGAGGCCUUAAAGAAAUUGGAGGCUCUGGAAAAAUCUAGAGCAUUAGAAAGACAUACACUGCGGCAUAAGAACACUGGAAAGUGGGCAAAAAAUAAAAUGAUCAGAGCAAAGUAUGAUAAAGAGGCUCGGCAAGAAAUAGCAGAACAGUUAGCAGUUAGUCGAAGUUUGACACAAAAGACACAAGACCCUGAUAGUUCAGAUGAUGAUGCAGAAGAUAAUGUAGUUAUUCCUGAUAUUGCUUUAGCACAAGACCCGAUGAAUCCUUGGAUGUUGAAACAAAACAAUAAGUCUAAUGUUGAUGCAGAAUUUGAUUUCGGCUACAAAAAAUAUUUGAAAGGAAAAAUGUUUAAACAUAAAGAAGACAGUGGUAGUGAAGAUGAAGCAGAAAAAAAUAAUGAUACUACAAAAGCAUGUUCUGAUGCUGGAUUAAAUACUUUAAAAAAUAAAAUUGAGAAAAUAUUUAACAACAAAAAUGAAAGUGCACAAAUUGAUAAAAAUAUUGAAGAAGACAACAGUACUGAACAAAAUCAAUCAGAUCUGAAUCAACCAAUUCAGAACAAUUCCAAUAUUACAAAAAACAAGAUUGUUGAAACAGAACAAAAACAAAAAGAAAACAAAAUGAAGAAAAAUAAAGAAACUCUUAACAAUAAUAAAAAAUCCCUUAAAACUAAACUGGUAGCAACAUCUUAUUGGACUGUUGAACCUGUAGAGAAUAAAGAUAAAAAGUACACUGAAGGUGUUGGGGGUGCAUUUGAUAAUUUGGAAAGAAACAUAUCGAAACAAGUUAAUAUGAAAUUAGAUAUUUUCAGGAGGAAAUUAAGAAAGCUUGAACAGCUAACAGCUUCAAAGAGUAAAAAGAAAUCCAAAAGAAUAGGAAACAGUGAAUCAUAUAUACCUGAGAAUAAUUUGGAGUACUUAAAAUUAGCAACUCAAAAUAAGAAAGCUAUAAUUGAUGAACAGUUACUAGAAACUACUUCAAAAACUAUUCCUACUGAAGAAACAAUAUCUGAUGAUAUUAUGUCGAGGGCUAUGCUACAUAACAAGAUUCCAGCUGAGGAACCUACAAACUCAAACAUUGAUCCCAGUAAAUUUAUUGAGGUCAAACCGAAAUUCUUAAACUCUGAAAUAUCUCGACAAGAAACUGAAUUAGAUGUUUUAGAUGAUGAACAAGUUGUACCAAAAGUCAAUAUAGAAGAAGUAUUUGAGGAAGAUGAUGUUGUAGCUAGCUUUAGGCAAGAAAAAGAAGAUGAGGCUAAUAAAGAUAAGCCCGAAGAUAUUAACUUGACUCUGCCAGGAUGGGGAGCGUGGGGAGGAAAAGGAGUGAAAGCACCGAAACGAAAAAGAAAUAGAUUCAUUACUAAAUUUGCCCCAAAAACUCCCAGGAGGGAUGAGAACAAAGGUGAUGUAAUCAUUAAAGAAUACAAGGAUCUAAAAUUGGAUGCACAUAAAGUAAAAGAACUCCCAUAUCCUUUCAACAGUGUUAAAGAAUUCGAGGCCUCACUAAGAGCUCCAUUAGGCAACACAUUUAUACCUGAGACUGCACACCGAAAACUUACACGUCCAAAUGUUGUCACUAUGGCAGGCGCUAUUAUAGAACCUAUGGAUGAAGAUGAAUUGUUACAAAAGAAGAAUCGUACCUUUAAAUCAUCCAACGUGAUACAAUUCAUAAAUAAAGAUGGUUGAUUA